AUGGGGAAUACCAGUUCUUCCGAUACGUCACGGGAGGGGAGGCUCGUAGAUGAAGAAUUGGUUAGUGAUGCUUCUGCUGCUGCUGCUUCAGAUUCUACCGUAGUACCAGACGAGUACUACGUCUCCAUUGAAAAUAUUCAUUUGCUUUGGCUGGGAAAGACUGUAGGCCGCACCAUAAUAGCACCGCUUGACCGUGUAAAGUUUAUUCUACAGUGUCAAAAGGAAUUGCAGCGGUUAGGAACAUUAGAGGGAACAUUUCGUGGGGCAUGGCACUGUGCCCGUCAUAUUGCUACUGUGGAGGGGUACCGUAGUUUCUGGCGUGGAAAUCUAAUUCAGGUGGUUUCCCUACUUCCUAUUACGAUUGCACAGAUAUUUAUUGGACUUCCAACACAGGCGUUUGUAUUUAAUCUCUUUCCACAUUCCUCUGCGUUAGGGUAUACUACCGCCUCCUACGCGGCUCUUAUCUCUGGAGCAUUAGCAGCCUCUAUGGUAUCUUAUCCACUGGAGUUUGCACGUUUUCGACUUGCCGUAGACCUCAAACCCUUCCGUGGUGCCUCUUACGAGUACCGUAACAGCAUGGCCUUCUUUGCCCACCCUGUAUUAAAUGAGUUCCCCCAUCUUCUCUACAAGGGACUUGGACUCUACGUGAUGGGCAGUCUGGUCUACCAGUCGGUGCAUAAUCUCCUGCUUGGACUUGUGGGCCCAUUUGUGCCCCCGGAGACGCCCAGCAGCGGCCCCGCCACCAUCGCCGCGCAGGUCGCCACCGGCCUGACCGUCUCGGCCCUCUCGACCCUCUGCCUGCACCCCGUCGACACCGUCCGCCGGCGGGUGAUGAUCGCCGCCACGGAGGAGGACCUCCGCUACCCGUCCAGCGUCCACUGUCUGCGGCACAUUGUGCGGACGGAGGGACCACUCGGGCUCUACCGCGGCGCCGCCUUCACACUGCUGCGCAUGACCGCCACCACAGCUCUCUUCACCUUCGCACGCAUUCCCACAUGA